AUCCCGCCAUCUGUUUGUUUUAUUACUCUCACCAAAAUAUAAUUUAUUCAAAAAAAAAGUUGAGUAAAUGCAGUAAAGAGCGAGGAGGAGAUCGAACUCUGCUGUCGUUGCAGGCUUGCAGCCUCUCGCGGAGGAGGAUUGUGCUCUGGUUUGAUGGAUCAGCGCGCGGUGGAUUCGGAUCGUAGAACGUCGCCAGAAUGUGGAAACCCCAGUAGCAGCGAUUGCGAUAUCAAGAGCUGCGGGGCAUGCCGCACCACCGAGACGCCCCUCUGGCGAUCCGGCCCUGCCGGCCCCAAGACGCUCUGUAACGCUUGUGGGAUCCGGUACCGGAAGAACAAAUCGGAUCUGGGAACGAAGAUGAGGAAGGAGAAAAAUGAAUUGGUCCUCGAGGUUCAGAUGACGGGAUUGGGACUGAGAAAGAAGCGAUCUGUGAUUCAGAAGCAUUGGAGGAGGUGGUGGAGGAGGGGCAUAAUCGGGGAAGAGGAGCAGGCUGCUGUCCUCCUCAUGGCCCUUUCCUACGGCUUUCUUUAGGACAGGAGUUGAGUGCAUCACCACCUUUUUGUCAUCUCUAUUAUCUAUUUCCUUCAAUCUUGUAGAUUGAUCCAUGCAAUAUCCAACUUCAUUGUUAUUCUCCAUGGAGAUUAUUUCUCAAGUGAAAUUUGAAUGAAAAAGACAACAAUUUCAUCCUUGCAAUUUGCAAAAAAGAAUGCUGUGCACUAUAAUUCAGAUUGCCUCAAGCAGUCAAUGCUUAAAUGCUGCUAUUAGUUUGA